AUGCGGCGGUCGGUGUGGGCGGAGGAAGGACUGGAUGGUGCGGGUGUGGGCGGAGGAAGGGAAGACUGGGCGUGGUCAGGAUUGAGUCCAGGAUGUGUUGUCCUCCCGUCCGCCAGUCCUCCGUCCGCUAGUCCUCCGUCCGCCAGUCCUCCCGUCCGCCAGUCCUCCCGUCCGUCAGUCCUCCCGUCCGUCAGUCCUCCCGUCCGUCAGUCCUCCCGUCCUCUCUUAUACCCGUCCGCUAGUCCUCCCGUCCGCCAGUCCUCCCGUCCGCUAGUCCUCCCGUCCGCUAGUCCUCCCGUCGCCAGUCCUCCCGUCCGCCAGUCCUCCCGUCCGCCAGUCCUCCCGUCCGCCAGUCCUCCCGUCCGCCAGUCCUCCCGUCCGCAGUCCUCCCGUCCGCCAGUCCUCCCGUCCGCCAGUCCUCCCGUCCUCCUCCCGUCCGCCAGUCCUCCGUCCGCUAGUCCUCCCGUCCGCAGUCCUCCCGUCCGUCAGUCCUCCCGUCCGCCAGUCCUCCCGUCCGCCAGUCCUCCGUCCGCUAGUCCUCCCGUCCGCCAGUCCUCCCGUUCCGCCAGUCCUCCCGUCCGCCAGUCCUCCCGUCCGCCAGUCCUCCCGUCCGCCAGUCCUCCCGUCCGCUAG